AUGAAGACCUUUACUUCAAUUGGCGAGUGGGAACAGUUCAAGGAGAUUGUGAAAAACUUUACAUACCUCGGUAGUUGUAUUAGCUCUGACGGAAGUGUGUCUGGUGAAGUCAGUGCAAGAAUCUCAAAGGCUCGAAUCACGUUUUCUAAUUUGCGUCACUUGUGGCGUCAACAAGGCAUCUCACUGGAUCUUAAGGGCCGUGUGCACCAGGCUACAGUAAGGGCUGUGUUGUUGUAUGGGUGCGACACAUGGCCUCUUCGGGUAGAUGAUGUGAGGCCGCCGGUCUCCAUUGGAGUUCCUCAAGGCUCCGUCUUGGGACCACUCCUGAUUCUGAUCUACAUCAACGACCUCCCAGAUGUUCUUGCGAGUCCAUGUCUACUUUUUGCGGACGACUUGAAAUCCUGGAGUUCCAAUGCCAGUGCCCUCAAAAUGGAUGUAGACGCUGCCAAGCAGUGGUCUUUGGACUGGCACCUUCCUCUGAAUGACAAAAAGUGCAUCCACAUGUCGUUUGGAGGAGACUCAGCGAAUGCCUUUGUUAUGCAUGGUGAGAAAGAACCAGAAAACAUCAUGAGGACAGAUGCCAAAAAGGAUUUGGGCAUCUGA